AUGCCCCAAGGUGGACACACCUCCGAGAUGCUGAAACUGACCUCACGCCUCUCGCCGGAGACAUACUCCCCGCUCUGCUAUGUCGUGGCGAGCACAGACCACACCAGCGCAGACCGCAUCCCGAAAGAGGGACUGAUGUCAGGCCGCUGCAGGGUACGCGCGAUACCUCGAAGCCGUGAGGUGGGGCAGUCAUACCUAACGUCGGUCUUCACGACGUUGCUGGCCGCUCUGCAUGCCGCCGUUGUGGUGGUCACAGUUCGCCCAGACCUCGUUCUUGUUAACGGUCCCGGGACGUGCAUUCCAGUGUGCGUUGCCGCGUUCGCCCUGCGCUUCUUCGGGUUGGGGUCGAGCUGCUCCCGCACCGUGUUCUGCGAGAGUUUUUGCCGGGUCAAGUCUCUGAGCCUGAGCGGUCGUAUCAUGUAUCUGUUGGCCGAUCGGUUCGUGGUGCACUGGCCCGAGCUCCUCGUGAAGUACCCCCGCGCGGAGUACGCAGGGCAGCUCGUGUGAACAAUUUUCUUGCUUGUUUUCGUGCCUGAAGUCUGGCCCCUUGCUAUUUAGCUUUUUGGCCGAUGCCACCCGGCGAGAAGAUUUUCAAGAAGAGCAACCGUCGUAGAGUAGAUGCGCUCCUUGGACCUUUCUCUUUAGUUUCGAAGAUUUUUCGUUCGGGGAAGUAGCCUGCCAGUCGUUUCUCGCAGAGUGAAUGCUUGACCACGUAGUUCGCAUGCUUUGCACGGUCUUCCAGUGUGUGGUGCGCUCAUGAGGUUCGUUUUCUUGUGCAUAUCGCCGACUCGGUUAUCGGUGCGUGUGAUGUAGUUGUGGUAUGGUGUAAUGCAAAGUUUCAUUAUUACGUUGGGGAAUUAGCGGUGUUGUGUCAAUGUUCUACGUGUGGUGAAAGGUUAUGCCGUCCGUACGUUAGGGUGAACAAUG